GCAUCAUCCACAAUCUCAGAUUUCAGUCCUGACUUUUUAAAAAGUCCAAAACUCUCCUCCUCAAGAUCCUUAUUGAAUUCCGCUUGCUGUGAACAGUAUCACUGCAAUUGACAGCAUGGCAACAUCCCAGCCAGACACUCAACCCCAGACCUCUGGUGAUUCAGUCACGGCUGGACUGCUCGAGCAACUGCGGGAGGAGCUUGGGAAACAAACUGCGAAGACCAUCUUCACCUGCGGUGGCACUAUUCCCGUCAGCAAACGUGGGAAAACCCCCGAGUCCGACGAUGUCAAGGUGGCAUCAGCGUCUGAGCCUGUCACUAUCCGCUGGGACCCUCUGACACCGGAGACUCCGGCUUCGCAGGCAAAACUCGUCCUCCCUUUGGAGCACAACGACCAGGCGGCCCUAAAGAAUCUGAUCAAGGAUUUUCAGCCUGCCAGCUUCGGCUUCCAGGGCAAGGAUGUCUUCGAUGAGACGUACAGAAAGGCCCUGAAGAUGGACACGGACAAGUUCGCUUCCACCUUCAAUCCCUAUGAGUGCGGCAUCAUCGAUAGCCUGGCUCAGGCGCUCCUGCCAAGCAACCCAGACUUCGACCUUCAAAGAGGUGUGAGGGCGGAGCUGUACAAGCUAAACGUCUACUCGAGCCCAUCGGGAAAGUUCAAGCCACAUGUCGACACCCCUCGUGGCAGCACCCAGUUUGGAUCCCUAGUCGUCUGCCUGCCGCUGGAGCACGAGGGCGGACAGCUCCAGGUCAGACACAAGGGCCAGGAGGUGACUUAUGACUGGGGCAGCCAUAAGGAUCAGAUUUCGUGGGCCGCCUUCUACAGUGACUGCGAGCACGAGGUACUCGAGGUAAGGUCGGGCUACCGUCUGACCUUGACGUACAACCUGUACGCCAUCCGCGGAGGCGGCAUGCUUACCGGCAUUGACCCGCCCGUGCUUGAUGCGACGCAGCUUCCAAUCUAUACGUCGUUGAAAGACAUUGUUCAGAACAAGGAGUUCUUGCCCGAAGGCGGCUAUCUCGGCUUCUACUGCAGCCACGCAUACGCGCACACCAACACUGAGGCCGUCAUUCUCCCGGAUAUGCUGAAGGGCUUUGACAUGAUCAUCUGGGAGGCACUCGGCCGUCUUGGUCUGGAGACAAUCGUGAAGCCCGUGAUGGAUGUCAAGCGGUUCUACGAGUAUUUGUACAAGGACUACGAGUACUACAAAGAAAGGGGCGAGGAUUUGCCCAAGCCCGCGGAGCGGGACUUCAUGGUCAUCGGAAAUGAUCGUGCGCUGCACAUGGACAGUGGCUUGCGUAUAGAGGAGUAUGACCAGAUGGACGACACGAUCGCGGAGUGGCGCAGGGGCGAGACUCUGAGCAGCAAGGUGGUACACUGGCUCACCGAGCCGACCCACAAGCAGGUUCAGCUGGCGUAUAUUGCUUAUGGCAAUGAGGAGAGCCUAGCGUCGUUCUAUUCCUACUGUGCGAUCGUUGCCAAGGUCGAGCCCAGCAAUGCUCGCUCGGGCUGAAUGAAUUUGGAAACGGGUUGGUGUUGGUUGAUGUUGCCAGCCAAGGCGGCGUACAUGUGUGAAUGAAGCAGGACGUCUCUCCGGCCCAGUAGUGCAGGGGGCGCAUCCACGGCGAGAGUAUCCUCUAGGCACGGCAUCUGGAGCACAAUGGUUGUUUGAGCUGAUAGGAUUUCGUCAAUUCGCAAAUUCUCAUACAUUCGUUCAGUUGGUGCCAUAGCGUAGGAAUGGCAGUCGGCCAAGUGAAGUGUAGUUACAUACUCACUGAUCAGACUUGCGUGCUCGAAGAGGAGACCAGCACGCACAACAGAUAUGUUAAACACCCAGGGCCCAGGGAUAAGAUAGAAGAGGUAUACCAGGCAAUCUAUCUCAUGGGCACCAA